AUGUCUACCUUACGCGAACGACAAUUAAAUGCUUUGAAGCAAAUGUUAAAUCUUAAUCAACCUCUAACUAAAGCAGUUGCUAAUGAGCCUACAUGGAAGGUACUUGUGUAUGACAGGGUGGGACAGGAUAUUAUUUCCCCCUUAAUAUCUAUUAAGGAACUGAGAGAAUUAGGAGUUACACUUCAUGUCCAGUUGCACUCUGACAGAGACCAAAUUCCUGAAGUGCCAGCUGUAUAUUUCUGUGCACCUACUGAAGAGAAUCUGGGACGAAUUUGCCAAGAUUUAGAUAAUGGUGUCUAUGACCAGUAUCACUUAAACUUUAUUUCACCAAUAACAAGGCAGAAAUUGGAAGAUCUUGCAGCAUCUGCCAUACAGUCUAAUUCAGUUAUGAGUAUACAUAAACUGUUUGAUCAGUAUUUGAAUUUUAUCUGUUUAGAGGAUGAUCUAUUUAUUAUGAAACACCAGCAAUCAGAUUCAUUAUCUUAUUAUGCCAUUAAUAAAGGUGACACAAAAGAUACAGAAAUGGAGGCUAUCAUGGAUGAUAUAGUGGAAAGUUUGUUUUCCGUUUUUGUAACUCUAGGCACUGUACCAAUUAUUCGAAGCAGUAAAGGAAAUGCUGCAGAAAUGGUUGCAAAAAAACUGGAUAAAAAGCUUAGGGAGAAUCUUUGGGAUGCUAGAAAUAAUCUUUUUCAUGGAAAUACUGGACAAGGGAGCGCUUUUAGUUUCACUAGGCCCAUGUUAAUACUUUUGGAUAGGAACAUUGAUAUGGCUACACCUCUUCAUCACACUUGGACUUACCAGGCCCUGGCUCAUGAUGUACUCGAUCUUUCACUAAACAGAGCUGUAGUACCAGAAAACUCUGGUCCAGCUUUACCUGGACAGAAAAUGAAAACCAGAACUUGCGAUUUGGACUCCAAAGAUCCUCUCUGGUGUGAACAUAAGGGCAGUCCAUUCCCAACCGUUGCUGAAGCGAUUCAGGAGGAUCUUGAUAAAUAUAGGAGUUCAGAAGCAGAAGUGAAAAAGCUGAAAAGCUCAAUGGGUUUAGAUGCAGAUAGCGAUUUAGCUCUUAGUUUGGUCAGCGAUAACACUCAGAGGUUGACAAGCGCUGUCAACUCGUUGCCACAGCUUAUGGAGAAAAAACGGCUAAUCGAUAUGCACACUACUAUAGCUACAGCUAUACUAAACGUAAUAAAAUCCAGGCGGCUGGACUCGUUUUUUGAAUUGGAAGAGAAAAUAAUGAGUAAAAGCAGCGCAGUUGAGAGCAAAACUGUACUAGAUCUUAUCUCUGAUGAGGAAGCCGGUACUCCAGAAGACAAAAUGCGUCUUUUCAUCAUAUAUUAUCUGUGUACUUCGCAAUUAAAUGAAGAAGAAUAUAAGAAAUUCGAGGCUGCUCUCCAAACGGCCAAUUGUGACAUCCAGGCUAUGGCGUAUAUGAAGCGAUUGAAGAGCUUUACAAAGAUGUCGAGCCAAUAUGAAGGUGGUGGAACUAAAACAGUGUCGAUGUUUUCAAAACUCGUAUCACAAGGCUCUUCAUUUGUCAUGGAAGGGGUCAAAAACUUAGUUGUCAAGAAACACAAACUGCCGGUAAGUCGCACAGUGGAGUCCGCGUUGAUCGGAUCGGGAGAUGAUUUGACUUGGUUCGACCCUCGCACGGCGCGAACGGACGCCGCGGCUCGUGCCAGGGCGGCGAGGCAGCCGCCGCCGAAUGACGCGGUUGUCUUCAUUGUGGGCGGUGGCAGUUACAUCGAGUAUCAUAAUCUUAUCGACUUUGCUAAGCAACAAGCGGCAAAUGGGGUGAAUAGAAAGAUAAUUUACGGAGCAACUACACUUCCAAACGCAUCGCAAUUUCUCAAACAACUCUCGCUUUUGGGUGAAGAACUACAGUGA